GCUACCGAAAGCUCGAAACAAUUUUGCAAAUCAAAGGCAAAAACGAACAAUUAUUAAGAUAAUUGUGCUGUUAUUGUCGGUACACUGUACUUGCCUUUGAAAUGCCUUAGUAUCUCCGUGGAUUGUUUGAUAAACACACAUGUGCAUGUUUUAUUUAUCCUGACAAGCUAAUGUAGCUAGCCUGUUUGCUAGCCAGGAAGAGUUGACAUAUCACUGUUGGCUUCAGGUUAGCUAACACAGUCAACAUAGGAGCUUAAAUAAAGAGAGCUCCAGAUGCGGCUAAAGGACCCCUUCUCUUUGAAAGCCGGCGAUAUGACAAAGCGGACUAAUAAACCGAGAAAACCUCGAGAUGAGGAGUCAUCAGACGAAGUCAGUGGGUUGACUUGCCAACAUGUGAGUAAAGCAGUGGACCUGAGCUCGGUGAAGAAAUCAGUGCUCUCCAGCGUGUGGUUGGUCUGCUCUGACUGCUUAAAGGAGAGGACCAUGAUCGAUGAGCCUGCAGCAUCCCAUGACAUCCUGGUGUGCUUAAAGUGUGGCUUCCAGGGCUGUAACCAGUCGGGGAUCCAGCAUGCUGUCAAACACCACCAAGCUUUCCAUCCAGAGUCCCACUGCAUCACCAUCAGCUUGAGCACGUGGAAGGCCUGGUGUUUUGAAUGUAAUGAGGAGCUCUCCACGCACUGCAACAAGAAGGCUUUGGCUCAGACCCUGGACUUUUUACAAAAGCACUCUGUCAAGGCAACAUCAGGAGCAUCACCCAAGAUCCUCAAGCUGCAGGAGGAACCAUCUGAAUAUACUGACUCGUCUAAAGGCAAGAGUCCAGCCGCCAACAGCACCUUGGUCCCCGUCAAAGGCAUAAAUAACCUCGGUAACACCUGCUUCUUCAACGCUGUCAUGCAGAACCUGUCUCAGACACACAUGCUCAUCGACCUCAUCCAGGAAGUGAAGGACAAAGGCUACAAACUGAGGAUAAACCCCACUGUCGAUACCAAUGUGAGUCCGUUGACAGUAACGCUGCCCAGUCCAGAACCCCUGACUGCGGCCAUGUUUCUCUUCCUCCAGAACAUGAAGGAUCCGGGAAAAGGCCCUAUCAAUCCCAAGAUCCUCUUCAACCAGCUCUGUCAGAAAGCUCCGCGCUUCAAGGGCUACCAACAACAAGACAGCCAGGAACUUCUGCACUACCUACUGGACUCCAUACGCGUAGAGGAAACUAAAAGGGUGAAAGCGGGAAUUCUGAAGGCUUUCAACAAUCCCACAGAAAGGACAGCAGAUGAGGAGACCAAACGUCAAGUCAAAGAAUUGGACCUUCUUGACAAUCAAUGUCAUCUUAAUUUUUGUACAAGAAAAUUAGCAUAUGGAAAGGAAGGUGUGAAGAUGAACUUCGUUGACCGCAUUUUUGUGGGCGAGCUGACCAACACAAUUAUGUGUGAAGAGUGCGAGCAUAUCUCCACAGUGAAGGAGGCUUUCAUAGACAUCUCUUUACCCAUCAUAGAGGAGAGGAUGUCAAAACCCUCUAACCCUGGAAGGCUUGGGAAGGGCAUCCGGGAGCAGGACACCAACAUGACUCACAACGACCAGGUUCUUUCCUCAGCGCACUCUGUCAACAGAAACACGAGGAAGCUGAGUGGACAGAAGCAGCAGAGCAGGAGGUCUUCCAGCUCUGUGGAGGAGAAGGGAGCAGGCUGCAGUGCGGAGCGGCCGGAGGAGGAGGGGGUAUCCGCAGGAUCAGCCCGCGGUGUCUCCGUCUGCAAGAUGGCCGCCGCCGGCAGCCUAUCGGACGGCAGUGAGAGAGACUCUGCUGCUCAGGACAGCAGCAACGACGCCGACAGCGAGGCCUCGGAGAGCGAGUGGGCCCCACGCACCUUCUCCUCCAGCCACAGCCACGGGCACAUUUCCACCCCGUCGUCCACCUCCACCAUCACUCCGUCCCCCACGCCCGUCUCCGCCACCUCGCCUUCAUCGUCAUCCUCCAACGCCAGGCAAGGUGGUGCUGUGGAGCAGCUGGUUACAGCGGUGUCUAAAGUUAACCUCGGGUUCGCUUCCGGGGACUGCUCUCCAGAUGAGCCGGGAGAAACACAGUCACGGGACAACCUCCACCAUCAACACCACCAGGGGGCCUUCCAGGCGCUGUCCCACAGUUACACACCCAGCUCCAAGGAGUGCUCCAUCCAGUCCUGCCUGCACCAGUUCACCUCUGUGGAACUGCUGAUGGGCAACAACAAGCUGCUGUGUGAGAGCUGCACCGAGCGCAGGCAGAAACAGCUGCGUAAGAGCAGCUCGGCCGACAAGAAGGUGGAGAAGAUUUACACCAGUGCUAGGAAGCAAAUACUCAUCUCCUCGCUGCCUCCUGUCAUCACAUUGCAUCUGAAACGCUUCCAUCAGGCAGGGAUGAACUUACGCAAAGUGAACCGCCAUGUUGACUUUCCCCUGGUCCUGGAUCUGGCUCCAUUCUGCUCCGCAUCCUGCAAGAACCUGGCAGCUGGUGAGCGUGUCCUCUACAGCCUGUAUGGGAUUGUGGAACAUAGUGGCUCAAUGCGGGGGGGUCACUACACUGCAUAUGUAAAAGUGCGCGCUCCGCAGAGGAAAACGGAACAGCACCACAGGAACCUGUCAGGAGCGAGGGAAGCCGGGAGCAGCUUCCAGGGCCAGUGGGUGUACAUUAGUGAUACCACCGUUCAGACGGUACCAGAGUCAAGGGUACUCAACUCUCAGGCAUACCUGCUCUUCUACGAGGAACUGCUGUAAUGUGACUAGAAACAUUAUUUUUUCUCUAGAUCUCUGUUUUGCUUUGUUUUGUGGGUUUUGUUUUGGUACAUGCCUGUACUACUCCUCAUACUGUAUCUGUGAGUAGGUGAAGGGAAGAAAAGGGACAGACCUCACUGUACACUCAUUUGAUUUGUCUUACGUGAGAGGAAUGACAAAUGAUUUGAGUUUCCUGUUUUAAAAAUCCUUCCCUUUAAAAAAAAAAAAAAAGAGGUCAGGAGAAAAGAGUGUUACUGAACCUGAGCUGCUCUAAGUUUAUCAUCUAUCUCAGUCACGAUCAGGUGCCUGGGAUAUUAACUGCAUGAAAGAGUUUUCUACAGUGAAUAGCAGGAAAUAAGCAGAAUUAUCGCAUGCUAAACUGCGCUCAGCACUGACUAGUCGAUGUCAAGUGUGUGUGUGUGUGUGUGUGUGUGUGUGCGUGUGCGCAUACGCACAUGUAUGAGUGAGUGACGGAGUGACAGGAGAAUGUAGAUUCAAGGUGCUAUGUGUAUAAUUUUCACUUUGCUUCUCCGUCUGCAUUCUACACAGUCUAGUUUUGGCUCAGAUUUGUUAAGAUGUUUGCUCCAUAGUUUCCUCGCGAUGGCAGAUGAAAGAUGGUAUGAAAUGCCAUGAGGAAAAUGAAUUCAGACAUGUUUGUCCUUUUCAGUGAAGAGAAUUGAGCGUCAGGAGAAGUAGCAGCAUCAUUGGUGACAGAGUUUAUGGGAGAUACCGGCUUGCGUUUGGGAAACUUGAGCAUCAAUAAUACGGCACCAUAGGUGUUAAAAGAGCAAUGUGUAGGAUUUAGUCAGGGCCUAUUGGCAAAAAUUGAAUAUUAUAUUCAUAACUAUGUUUUCAUAAGUCUAUAAUCACCGGAAAAAUAAGAAUCAUUGUGUUUUCGUUACCUAAGAUUCCUUCAUAUUUACAAAAAGAGUGGAUCCUCUUAACGGAGUCAUAGACUGUAUAUAAGAAGGGGACGUAGUGAUCGUGAUGUCACCCAUAGAUUUGUGGACUACUGCUUUGAAGCCUUUUGGCCGUCGCCAUCUUGGUUUCUUGCAACCGUAGAGCGAAAGUAACCAUAUUUGGAUUGCAGAGGAGUGAUGAAGAGACGCCGUAUACGGUUCUGGUAGCCGUAGCGACCUGUCAAUCACAAGGUAGACAGACCCUACAGCAUACGCUGCUCUAUGUUCUAUUUUACUCUUAAUGGGAGGAUCAUUUACUAAAUGAACAUAAUGCUGUACUGAAGACGACUGAGAAGAAGAAACUAGCAAUUGAGACCAUAAACUCAUGUUCAAAAUGUUUACUGAGGUAAUAAAACAAGUGAGAAGUAGGGUCAUUUUCUUCUAGACUUCAAUACAAUCAGACUUUUUUUUGCAGCUAGAGGAGUUGCCCCCUGCUGGUCAGUGGAGAAAAUACAAGUUUAAGACACUUGCGCAUUGGCUUUUCAGAACUGGAGGGUGCCGCCUGCCAAGAGGGAACAAACAAAUCACUGGCUCUAGAGAGAGCUGUUCACGUUUUUACACCUGCACCUGAAGGCCACGUAGUUCUCUGACGUGCUUGGAAAGGGAAUUCGUUGAAAUCUGCAACCUCAUCACUAGAUGCCACUUAACUCCACACACACCUCUUUUAAUUAGUGACUAGUUAUUGUUUCACACAUAGUCACCCUAUGUGUGUAUGCUAAUGAUAGCAACCAAGCUAUCCCAGCUUACAGUCGUUAAUAUUACCAUACUGGUUUAUAUUGUUACACAUAGCACCUUUUAAAGAACAGCACAAUAGUUAUUCUACAGCCUCCUUUGAGAAGUUGUUUUUGUUUUUUUUACAUCAGAAUGUAAACAGGUAAGACUAUCAGUUAAUCACAUUUUGCCAAAGAUGAGUUUUGCAACCGCAAAUCAGAGCAGAAAAUCCAAACCAAACACAUGGAGGAGUUUACUUCAUACAGUUUCUUUGACGUUUGUUCUUUCAAGGUCGUCAGUAUGGUUCUCGAGUGUCGCACAAAAAAUACACACUCGGAUGUUUAUCAGACCAACAAAGCACCUUGAUUGCCUUCAUUGUGUUUUAGCUCUACUGUUACUGUAUAGGCUCACUCACAAACAUUGAGAGGUUCAGCUAAAAGUCAGCGCUGUGACUAUCCCUAAUACUAUCAGCAAGGUUGAACAAAAAAUAACAAACUGAAAGGUUUUAAAAGCCUGACUAGAAAUAAAAUACAUCUUUGCUGUAAUAUGCAUGGGUUAAUGUAAAAAAUGAAUGUAUUGCUUAUUCUUGAAAUGUCUGUCAAAUGAGCUGUUCAUCUUUUUCUAUGAAAAUAUUUUGGAUUGAAAAGAAAAAAAAAAAAACAUUUUACUUGGUUGUUGGACAUUUGCCAAAAUGGUAGACAGAACAGGGCUGAACAUGUGCAUCAGAAUCUAGGGUGUGUUUUUUUUUUUUUUUUUUUUUUUUUAAACGAGGACAAAUUCAGUGCCUGUGCUUCAGGUAUAAGAAACCUGUGCAUGGUGAGAGGAAAACAUAUGCAGAUUAAAUGCAAAGAGGGAUAUGUGUGGCAUAUUUAUGUACAGUAUAAGUCACUGUAAGCAGGAAUAACAAAGAGUAUAUGUAAUUGUACAUAAAAGAAACAUUACAAAACCAUGGUGCUUCAGGCAUGUAGGGUUUUCCCUCAAGAUUUUUAUUUCCAGAAAAUAAUUUAAUUUCAUUUAUGAAAUGAUUUCAACAUUUGGAAUGAGUAUAACU